AUGGCUUUACCUAUUAUGCGCCGAAGUGCGCUUGCAUCCUGUCGCAAGACACCGUCUCCUGUUAUCCUCGACUUUCUUGUCCCGUCAAAAUUGAAACACAGCCAAUGUCGGAACGCUUCAACCGCCACCUCCGGUGAGCCCAAACCUCGAUAUGUUCUCAGUAAAGAACAGCGAGAGUUCAUGGACAGCGCUCUCCGCGUCAACCAAGCCGGUGAGCUUGCUGCGACGUUGAUUUAUACUGCUCAAACACCCCAAAUCGUCCGAUCUUACCCGCACCUCCGGCCCUUGAUGAAGCACAUGUACGACCAAGAAGCAGGACACCUUAAAACAUUCAAUCACUUGAUCGCGAAACAUCAAAUUCGACCGACGGCAAUGUACCCAGCGUGGGAAGUGGCAGCCACUUUCUUGGGCUGGUCCACUGCAGCAUUGGGUCGCGAGGCGGCAAUGGCUUGCACCGAAGCUGUCGAGACUGAAAUCGGAUCCCACUACAAUGACCAAGUAAGAGAGAUUCUGUCCUGGGAGGCAGAUGCUGCAAGACGGGGGGAGGAGCUGGAUGAUGAACUUAAGGAGAUGCUGGCCACAUUCCGGAGGAUUCGCGAUGAGGAACUAGAACAUCUCGACCACGCCGUGGCCAAUGAUUCUAAGGAAGCGAAGCCCUACGAUCCACUCGUUGAUGUAAUUCGAUUUGGUUGCCGGACUGCUAUCAAGAUCAGUGAGAAGAUCUGA